UACAGGGAAGUGAUAACGCUUCAGUAAGUCGCCUCCAUCCCAUGCUAAAUGAGAGGCACUGGACGCCUGGGCGACAGAGCGAGACUCCGUCUCAAAACAAAACAAAAAAAAAAAAAAAAAAAAAAAGAGGCACUAGGCUGUAGGAGAGUGGUGAUAUUUCUGGAUCCAGAGAAGGCGGCCACAACCCUCCUGGGGCAACAACCCUCCCGCCGGGCUGGUUUUUUGGAACCUCUGCAAACACUUUCUCCUGGGUCAGUUUGCCGCCAAACCGGGACAGAGGAUGUCCAGAGGUCCCGGGAGUGGAAGCCGCUGUCCCUGUGUCCACUGGGAAGUGGGCGAGGCGGGAUGCUGCUGGCCAGGCUGCUCGGGGCGAGGACCCGGGAACACUCACUUGGUCGCUGGGCCUCGGAGGGGUGGGAGGGGCGGGGCGGUGCGCAGCCUCCCCGGGACAGGUCUGCGGUCCGGGACCAGCCAGGCUGCACAGGCACGCGGGGCGCACGUCCGCCUCGCCGGGGCUGCCAGGGUAAUCCUGAUGAAAAUCAACAAAAUACACAAGAAGAGGCAGCACUGAGAGCGAGUUACUGCUCAUUUGAUUCCUAUUGCCAAACUGAACUCUCGUUUUCUUGCAAGAUGAAAGGAGACAACCAUGAAUGAGCCACUAGACUAUUUAGCAAAUGCUUCUGAUUUUCCCGAUUAUGCAGCUGCUUUUGGAAAUUGCACUGACGAAAACAUCCCACUCAAGAUGCACUACCUCCCUGUUAUUUAUGGCAUUAUCUUCCUCGUGGGAUUUCCAGGGAAUGCAGUAGCGAUAUCCACUUACAUUUUCAAAAUGCGACCUUGGAAGAGCAGCACCAUCAUUAUGCUGAACCUGGCCUGCACAGAUCUGCUGUAUCUGACCAGCCUCCCCUUCCUGAUUCACUACUAUGCCAGUGGUGAAAACUGGAUCUUUGGAGAUUUCAUGUGUAAGUUUAUCCGCUUCAGCUUCCAUUUCAACCUGUAUAGCAGCAUCCUCUUCCUCACCUGUUUCAGCAUCUUCCGCUACUGUGUGAUCAUUCACCCAAUGAGCUGCUUUUCCAUUCACAAAACUCGAUGUGCAGUUGUAGCCUGUGCUGUGGUGUGGAUCAUUUCACUGGUAGCUGUCAUUCCGAUGACCUUCUUGAUCACAUCAACCAACAGGACCAACAGAUCAGCCUGUCUCGACCUCACCAGUUCGGAUGAACUCACUACUAUUAAGUGGUACAACCUAAUUUUGACUGCAACUACUUUCUGCCUCCCCUUGGUGAUAGUGACACUUUGCUAUACCACGAUUAUCCACACUCUGACCCAUGGACUGCAAACUGACAGCUGCCUUAAGCAGAAAGCUCGAAGGCUAACCAUUCUGCUACUCCUUGCAUUUUACGUAUGUUUUUUACCCUUCCAUAUCUUGAGGGUCAUUCGGAUCGAAUCUCGCCUGCUUUCGAUCAGUUGUUCCACUGAGAAUCAGAUUCACGAAGCUUACAUCGUUUCUAGACCAUUAGCUGCUCUGAACACCUUUGGUAACCUGUUACUAUAUGUGGUGGUCAGCGACAACUUUCAGCAGGCUGUUUGCUCAACAGUGAGAUGCAAAGUAAGCGGGAACCUUGAGCAAGCAAAGAAAAUCAGUUACUCAAACAACCUGUGAAAUACUUCACUUACUUAACCAAAAACAAAUACUUGCUGAUACUUUACCUAGCACUCCUAAGACAUUCAGGAUAUCCCCCUCAAUGGAACUCCUGGUAAAUACUGUGUAUUCAAGUAAUCAUGUGCCAAAGCCAGGGCAGGGCUUCUAGUUCUUUGCAAUCCCUUUAUUGAGCUCCUCCAUUGGGGAGAUUUAAGAAUGGGAUGCAUGCAUAUCAGCAAAGUAUUCAGACAUAGUAUUACAAGCUAUUGGAACUCAGAGGCAUCUUAGAGAACAUCUGUUCCCACCAACUUAUUACAUAUACAUGGAAACCAAUUUCUUACCCUUGCCCUAGAUUGCUCAGUAAAUUAGUGCCAAGAUAGGAGAAAACCAAUCUUUCACUCAUGAUUUCAUGCUUCUCUGCACUCUGGACCUACUUGUAUUGAACCAUUAGACAAUUCAAACCAUGACUUUAUCUUUCUUAAUGUUUAUUUUUUACAUCUCAGAGCUCUACAAUUUGUUUCCUUCAAGCUUAAUUUUGAGAUUAUAAAACUGGGUUUAGCCAGUUCUGUAUAUUACUUCAAGCCAGUAAGAUACCCUUGAAAUAAUUCAAGGACGUCCAUGCAAAUAGCUGAAAUUAGUACCUGCAAUAUAUUUGGAGUAUUAUGUCUUUAUUGUUGUUAAAAAUUUUUAUUGAAUUUAUGAAAAUUAUCAAAUUGUAUUCAUCAUUAUUAACAUGUCCUGGGGAAGGAAGGGAAACUUUCUAGGACAGAAAUCACUUUCAGAUAUCAUGUAUGUAUUGGGUGUUCAAUCAUAUCUAACACUGUUUUGAUUUUUGUAGGAAAAUAUUCCAGGAAACACUAAUUCUCUUUAGACUCCUUGUUCUUUUAUGACUAAAAUGAACAUAUGUCUAUGUGAUAGCUAAAGAUAUUUUCGAAUUGUAUGUGUGCUUAAUUAUCAGUAAGUAUAAAUAUUUGAGAAAACACCUGGUCUGGAUAUUUGAAACCCUCAUAAACAUGUUAGUACAAUAAAUAAACUUAUUUAUAAUUAUGUAA